AUGCAGGGCACGCCGCCUGCUGGUGGCGAGCACACGUCGUGGGUGCUGGUGACCAUCUCGCGCCUGCUCGGUUGGGUCUAUACGCUGGCGUGGUCGCUGUCGUUCUAUCCGCAGGUGAUCCACAACUACAUUUCCAAGUCGACACGAGGCUUGUCGUCGGAUUUCGUCGUGCUGAAUGCUGCAGGGCACACGUCGUAUCUGGUGUACAACGGGCUGCUGCUGUUCUACCCGCCCGUGCGGCGGGCGUACCGGAAGGCUCAUGAAGGGCGGGAGAACGUGGUGCAGUUCAACGACUUUGCGUUCUCGGCACACGCCGCGCUGCUCGCGAUCAUCACCCUCGCCCAGUACGCUGCGUACAAGCAGCCCGACCAGAGCGUCUCGCGCCCCGUGCGCCUCGGCCUCACCGCCGCGCUUUCCGUCGCCGUCUUCCUCGCGGGCGCCAAACGUCUCAAGCUCGUCACCUGGCUCGACAUCGUCGCCGCCGCCUCGACGCUCAAACUCAUCAUCACACUCACAAAGUACCUCCCGCAGAUCAAGCUCAACGCAGACCGCAGAUCCACCCAGGGCUUUGUCAUCGAGAAUAUUUUGUUGGACCUCACCGGCGGUGUGCUCAGCCUGGCACAGCUGCUCGUCGACGCCGUGUGGAUCCAGGGCAGCUGGUCCGGCGUGACGGGGCUCUGGGGCAAGCUGGGCCUCGGGCUGUUGAGCAUCGCGUUUGACGUGGUGCUCGUGUGGCAGCAUUAUGUGCUGUAUGGACCCGUCAAUGUCAGUGUCGAGCCCGGGGUGGAGAGCGAGGCGCACGACGAGGAGCACCGAAGCGCCGCAAGGAGCGAAGGGUACGGAAGCACCGCUCAGCCUGCCUCGGCGGCAGCAUCGUCGUCUACGAGGCCGAACCAGCAUCAGGCGACAGAAUCGUCUUCUCUGCUCAGAUAG